AUGAAGCUUAUCACUUCCGACCCGUACCUCUCCGCCCGCGUCAACUCAGCUCUAAAGAAGGGUGCUAAGGACCGAAAUCGCGGCGCUGCAAAGAGAAAGGCCGCGUUGGAGGUCGUCGGAGCUCUCGAGUCGUUGGUUAAGAAUAGCAACGUCAAGGUCGGUAGUGGCAAGGCGCGGCUCACCAAGACGCGCAAGGCCAUCCCUAGGCGUAGCAGGACGGCCAAGGCCAAGCUGAAGAGCACCCGAGACGACGUCUCAACUGAGGGCAGUUCGGCAGAUGAAGACGACCAAGUGCAGUCAGACGGUGAAGAGGAGGAUGAGGACGAGGAUGAGGAUGAGUGCACCAAUUGCAGCGAGGAGGAAGGUGACCAGAGCAGCCGCGCUGGUGACGAUGCAGUAACUCGCUCUUCGAUGCGCCGUGCUGCCUCGGCUGCCACAGGCACCAGCCAGCACCAAGAAGAGGAAGCGAGGCAUGACCGACGCCGAAUGCUCGGCGCGCCUGAAUGUCGCCUUCCUAUGCGGGCUACUGGUGAGCUGGGACUUCGAGCAGCGGAGAUUCUAAGAAGGUCGCUUCAUUCGCUCUACGGUAGCUGCAAAAGAUGGAAUGGCAUUCGGACCAAUCGAUAUCAGGAGCUGUGGCUGGCUGUCCACACGCCUCUGAUUCUGCGGCAUAGAAAGCCUGGAGGUCUCAGAAUCAUACCAUUCCGUUUGACCUCUCUAUUUUCUUGCCAUCCCACUUCACCCUCAUUGCGCUGCAAAAUAUGGAAUGGCAUCCGAACCGAUCGUCGAGAUGGGGAUCAGAAAAUAGGACUUGGAGGCCUCAGAAUCAUACCAUUCCGUUUGACCUCCCCAUUUCCUUGCCAUCCUACUUCACCCUUCAUUUCGGCGUCUCUUGCAAGCGGGCGGAGACGACUUCUUGUGGUGACACGCACGUUCGUUUUCUUUCCCAACCGAUUUCCGCUCACGCGUUCUCGCACACCUCCCUUUCUUCACACCAUCGCCAACCAUCUCUCUGGCCCACGCUUUACCAUGGCCUUCACCCAGGAGGAGGCCAUGGCCUUCGCUGAAAAGGCUGGAUACCUCGAAUUGCGGAGAAAUAAUGACAUGUAUGCUGAUUCUGAUCAUUUCCGCACAAUCCGCGAAGUGGCAAGCGAAAAACGAUCCCCUUACCACUGGAACUGGCAGAAGGCCCGUCUCGUUGUCUGGUGCCGCGACCAUGGAGUCCCUGUCAAAGAAGUGUGCCAUGCAGACGACGCCGUUAUGGCUGAGGUGAUUGCGGAGGUCUAUCCUUCCAAGGUAGUGCUCACGACUCAAGAAUUCGAACAGCGCAAGAGUGCGCUGAGCAAUGCGUUGGAGAAGUACGGGCAGAAGUGGGAGGAGGACUUUGAUAAGGGGUACCAUACUAAAGAGAGCUUGAAGUACUGGGAUCCAAUGGACUUGAAGCCAGCCUUGGGCAAACGUAAGGCUACAUCUGGAUAUGGCACGAAUAGCCGGGACAUCUGCCCCAAGCAGCGAAUGACCAUCUCUGGCUCUUCUGCCAUGGGUGGCACGACACAGGUCUCGACGAGCAACGGUAUUUUGGAACUGACGAUCACCUGUGCUGAUGCAGCUGCACAAGUUUCCGCCGAUGGCCCUAGGGUUCCCUCGUCCGCUUCUGUCGAUUUGAUGGAUUUCGAAGGCGGUCGUAUUUCGCCUGGGAAUUGUCUAAUCUCCACUGCAGCAGGUCUUGACACCGCUCCUGACUCUCGAGGCGGUGAUCCUGGAGGUGUGCUUCCUGGAUCGUUUCCUUCCAAUCACGGGCAGCCUGACCUCUCGUUUUCAUCUGGAUGGAUACUUACCUCCCACAUCUCAGUGAUUCACGCCGUCGAGACACUGGAGCUCCAGCGCGUGACACAGCCACAGCCACGGGGUGGACAUGUGACGCAGCACGAAAUGCAGGAGAAGAAGAAUAAUCGUGAGCUCCUGGCGAAGCUGGAGCAAGCCAGUGCGCUGGAUGACGAGGACCAGGCCUUGGAGCUGGGGAGACAAGCGGGGAGCAAAGCAAUGCAAGAGCGGCAGGAUGACGAGGACCAGGCCUUGGAGCGGGAGAGACAAGCGGAGAGCAAAGCAAUGCAAGAGUGGCAGGAGGAGGAGGAAACCCAGAAGCACCAAGAGACGCAGGACAAGCACAGCAAGCGCGGGAAGCCAGGCAACAGCCAUACUGCCAAGUCACCUCGAGCCAGCCUGCUCUCCUCCCGUUCUUCUCCUGCUCCCUCUUCCUCGGCCCCAAAGAAGAAGAAGGAGGACAAGAAGUCGGGAGGCAGGAUUGCGGGAAUGCCCUCAUCGCAGGAGCUCGUUCGGGACCUCACUCAGAACCUCAAGGGACUUCGCUUCGAGGACGAUCUAUUUCCAGUAGAUAUCCUACCAGACGAUUGUCAGUCAGUACAUUUCAGCGUUAAUGAAGAAUUCAAAGCAACCAUUUCCGAGAAAUGCUCGUGGCGAAGGAUUGAGGUUGCGAAGAGAGAUGGAAUCAUUUGCAUCACACCACUUUCCAGUCCAAUCACACACCGCCUCAAAAAUCCAUCUCCAUGGUUCUUUUCGCUUCCUGCUGCUCUUGCUGCCACCAAUGGCAGCCAAAUCUGGAUCGUUGUGGAAGUAUUCCUCAAACGGAUACUUAUUGCCCCAACAUGCCAGCGGUGGGACAGCGCUGAAGGGAGGAUUAAUCUUGCAUCCAAGCCGUGGCGCCAUCGAUGUAGACCGAUGUUCCCAUUGGGUUCGCUGGCUCUCGUAGAACAUCCUCCACCUCGACUUGUGCAGCUGAUCGAAAGUAGGCGGGGUCCGGAAUUGGAGGGCGUCGAGACGGUUUGGUACCGUUCCUGCGACCAUGCGAACCAGUGCGAUGAGCGCGCGAGUUUGGAGUUCGGCGACCCUGCGAGGAAAAGCCGGUCCACCCGCUCGCUGCCGCCCUUCUGUUGCGACCUUCCGGAUCUGACCUCGGUAUUGCGACUCCAGCCCCUCGUAAUACUGCUCCCUAUGGAAGCCGACAUCUGUCACUUGCUCGGAGAUGAACGACACUUACUGGACCCGCAUGUCUUGUGGGAUCAGCGAUUCGGACAGCUUGCUGUACUUUUCCGACAAAAGUUUCAUGGCAAUUUCGUUCUCGACCCGCCAUCUGUAUGCCGGCUCGUGCCACCUUUCUCCCCCGAUGAGGUAGACCAAGCAGUGGAGCAGCCUUGUCGGGGCUGUCGCGAACUGGAUCCACCACUUCCACCUGCCUGGGCGGAGGCAGUCGGUAUGCGCAUUCACGUCUUGUUCGUAGGACGGAGCUUCACCCGCAGACCACCUUUCGCGCUCCUUCGCGUAGAAGCCGUCAAUGAAUUCCAGCUGUUCGGGGACUUGAUCGCGCCUGAAAAACCAGAAUGCGGAGAGAUCGGGGACCGGAGGAUGGGAUCGAUAAUAGGCAGCGCGGACGGUGAGGAUGAACUCACAUUCGGCCCUGUAGUCGGUCCACUCGGUUGUCAGAGCGGAGACCAGAGACAUGGCUUGAACGACUCUGAUAUCGGCGGCGUCUGCGCAGGCGUACAUGGUGGCGUCACACAGCCGAAAUAUUCUGGUGUCGGCGGCGGCGCAUGUGUCACCCGCCGGAAGAAGAGCAAAUGCCACAAGGGCGUAGCAGAUCGGUUGGACGGGGCGGUCCAAUGGGCGCAGGAGGUUAAUCGAAGCAGACAUAGCACGUUCAUGAUGGUUCACGCGUGGGAAGAGGAGGGGGAGAAGAAGCGAGCGAGCGAUGGACAGUUGUUUGCUUUGUCAACAACAUGGCUGGAAGCGGUGGUUGUCACCGCGGGUCUGACUGGAAUGCAUGCAACACACGCGGCGAGACCAGGCAAGACAGCUUUGGCGAAAGGCUGCCGGAGGAAGAUAAGUAGGCAAAUGCUGCUAUCAGCACCAUUCUCAUACUACCGCUACCAUCAAGAUUUCAUCGCCAGCAACAAUGCCACAAACACGUCGCCAGACGCGCGCAACAGCAACAGCACCAGCACCACCAGCACUAGCAAACCCACCAGCUCCAGCGCCGCCCACGCAGCACAGCCCGGAGCGUGCCAGCUUCAUGUCCAAGCCUAUCGCCCUUCCCAUCUGGGCCAUCAUCGUCGCUCUGAUACUGUGUAUCAUUGUAAGCGUUGCGCCACCGGCCGGCGUUCAUGGCGCGUUGUACGUCGCAUCAAGCGAGCGAGUACUGAUCUGAUUUGCUGCUUUUCCCAGAAGGAGAUUAUUGAUGAGAGUUGUGCGUGGAGGAAGAUGGGAAUGGAAGUGCGGGAGCUCGGGAGUGGGGGCGCGGGUGCGGGUGCGAACAUUGCCAAGGUAGGCGAAAGGUCGCGACUGUCAAAGAAAGAAGCCCACUGCUCAAUUCAGCGAUUGAUUCUUUAUGUUUCAACUCUUUUCUUCUGCUUGCUUGUUAUGAUAUUCAUCAAACCCGCCUUACAACUUCCGUUUCAACAUGAUCGCAGCGUGCGAGGCAAUCUGCUGCUAGUCUCGCUUUGCUACACGCCGCUGCACGAAAUACCUGAGCCAGUAUCCAUGCCCCGUUGAUUGCCUGUUUUCUACCUUUCGUUGCCCAGUCUUUCUUUUCCUUCUUUUCUCCCUAGCACUCGCUUGACUCCAAUCUACUGACAACCACGCUUCGUCGCCAUCAUGCCGCCACGCAACAGCAAAGCUUCGCGAGACAACGCUUCCUUCACUGUCGAUGACUCCUCUUCCAGCUCCGACGUAGAUGAGUUUGUCGUCGUGUUUGCUGGUCGUACCGCGGCCGAGCUCAAAGAUGGUGUGGUUUCGCCUCUCAAAUGAAUGCAAUUGCUCGACACCUGAUCUUGACUGUGAACUCCAGGAAAGCCCAUCCACUACUCCAAGCAACUCAAGAAGAUUAUCAUUACCCACGCCAUUACGAACGCAUACGCCGCCAAGUCACCUCCUACCCUGGCUGUCUUCCUCGAUCUGUUCCUGCACAAGCUUGGCGGCACAGCUGUCACCAGUCUCGGCAGCAAGUCCAUCGUCACUUCAUGUGUCCAAUCCGUUGCAGGCGAGCUCACUACGUUGCUCUGCGCCUCAGGCACCGCCGGCUUGGUCCAGG